GUUAUUUUAAUGCAACAUAAACUAUAUCGAUAUUAACGAUAUUGUCUUACCAUAUAUCUUGUUUGAAAAUAUAUCGAUAUAUCUUAAAAACUCGAUAUAUUUUCCAGCCCUACUAGAAACUAGUUAAUGUUUGGGGUUAGAUAAUCAACAGCCUUUAACAGUUUAAAAAAAAGCUUUUGUUCUGUCCUGUUAGUGUUACUGUAAAUAUCUCAGUACACAUUGUCUUGAUGUGUCAUGACUGUGGUUUAUGUUUCAUGUUUUGCAGAACAGGAACCUGCUGGAAACCAGUUUUUUAAACUGAACAUGGCCUCAGCUCCAGCACAGCAGCCCACCCUGACUGUUGAGCAGACCAGAGUGGUACUGAGUGAGGUGAUCCAGGCUUUCUCGGUACCAGAUAAUGCAGCGAGGAUGGAGGAGGCUCGAGAAAGUGCCUGCAACGACAUGGGAAAGAUGCUGCAGCUUGUGCUCCCUGUGGCCACUCAGAUUCAACAAGAGGUCAUCAAAGCGUACGGCUUCAACAACGAAGGAGAAGGUGUCCUAAAAUUUGCCAGAUUGGUGAAGAUGUAUGAAACUCAGGACCCUGAAAUUGCAGCCAUGUCAGCUAAAUUGAAGUCUCUCCUCCUGCCGCCGCUGUCAACACCUCCUAUAGGAGGCGCCAUUCCAGCUUCAUAGGAAAUAUUUACAUUCACUCAAUUGUUCAACUGCAAGGUUACUUUUCAAGUAAUGCUUUAGGGAUCAACAUUUAAGUACUGUUAUUCCUUUUUAAUUUGUCAGUUACAUUACUUUUCUUGAGGAACUAAUAGAAAAAUACUCAAAACACUAAAACGUUCCAAGAAAGUCAGUCAAUUUAUUUUAUUCAGAGCAUUCUUGCAGACUUGUUAAAUUAUUGCUUUUUUAAUGUUUUCAUAUUUAUUCGUUACAUGUUACACUUUGACCAUACUCUUACGUCAUUCAACCUUAAACAAUUCCUUUAAUGCCUUUUUUUUUUUAUCAUUAAACCAUUUUUAUAUGCUGUCAAAUGUAUAAAAUGUCAUUAUUUUGUCUUGUAUUAAAAGAUUUUACGUGAAACUCUUGUGUAGUAAUGGUGUGGUAAAGAAAACAAUAACUUGCAUAUAUACAUAACUUUAUUAUUGCAAUAAGGCUUUAGCAACAACAUACUCAUAUGUUUACAA